AUGGCCAGCUCCUUAGCCAUGUCGUUUCUCGUCUACUUUGCGACUUAUGCCACAGCCAACUGUUUCGAUUCUUUCUACGCCAGGGACAAUUGUACAGACCCCGCCGUCACGUCCGUGUCGCCUUGCAAGUUCUUUGCCACGACGGCCGUCAGCAUCGGCUCAAGCGUCUACAAGGACGGAUAUUUUGCCAAUGCUGCAGGCAGAGCGCCGGCGCCUCCGUUGACUUACGCCUUGCUCACGGCUAGGGAUGUAGUCACUUUGUUUGCGUCGUGCACCUUGCCGACCAUGAUUGCCCCCGAACUGGCCGUCUUUUCUAGCUCAGCCAUAUCCCGAGCUUAUACUUGGUUCAGCUCCGAGGAGACGCGGCUACAGUUUGCACGAGUGGUGGCCCCCGUGGCUGCACAAAUAGUCAGCACGCCGAUUCAUCUACUAGGACUUGACGUGCACCACAGGCGAGACAGGGUUUCGGCUGCUGCACGCCUCAACUCUGUAUGGAGGCACUCUCGGGUCUGUGCCCCGUUGCGGAUGAUACGCAUCAUACCAGCAUUUGGUAUUGGGGGCGCUGCGAAUACGGAUUGCAGGGCGAUGAUGCUCAGCCAUUUGACUGGGUAG